GGCAAGGCCAAAGCCACAGCAGCGCGCAAGGCCGGCGCGGCGGACGGGCGACGAUUCGGGUGCUGGCCCCUGGCGAAAGUUAAAAAAGCCAGCCCCGAGCUACAUCAGGCCCUGGCGCUUUGUGUUUUUUGGAUCUUUGCCCGCGGGCGCGGCCGGCCUGGGUCAUGUUGGUUUGUAGGUGGGCACGGUUUGCGCCGUAUCUCGAGGCUACAGAAACGGCUCCAGGUUGGGCGCGCACAAAGUCCAACAUCUGGCGCGGGGGCUGCGGGAGAAAGUGCCGGCGCGCCCCAUGUCGCGCGGGCUUCAUGUCCGGAGCUGUGGCGUCUUCAGGCGCCGGCGGGCGCGUUGUGGCGGGAGGACGAGUGGAAGCGUCAGCUGCGGCCCAUUGAUGACUUGGGGCCCUUCGCUGGGCCGCCUGCGUUUUCGCGUCGUGUGGCAGAGCCAAACCAUAGCGGGGAACUAUCCGCCGCCCUGGGGCGCGGCGAAGGCCGGGCGCAUAGCCAGGGGCCGGCCGUCGGUGCCGCGGCGUGCGGGGCUGUUCAGCAAAGUGCCGCGGAAAAACGAAUCCGCCGCGGCAGCGCGUGCAAGGGCCGCCGGAACAAGAAGCAUGCCGCGCCGGGCGCUCCUCCCCUCGCGCGGAAAAGAGCGCCAGCGCUGCGGCGGGCCUUCUGUUUCUUUUUUGAGGCCCGCGGCGCCCUCUUGCUGCCCGCCUCACUGGUCCGCCUUCGUGGCGGCGGGGCCCUUGCAGUGCUGGCAGGGCGAAAUCAAUUUGCGGCCGUUUCCGGCCUUUCCUCCACUCGCUGCCACUUCUGGAUAG